AUGGAAGCUACCGGCCUCGCGGCAUCACUGGCUACACUCGCCAACACCAUCAGGAUCGUCUACUCCGUUGCCCACGACAUCUCCGAUGCCGUGAACGAGGCUGAACAUCUUCGAGAGGUACUUGAGAACGUUGGACGACUCUCGAGCCUAUUGGACUGUAUUUCUCGCGAGGCAGUGACCAUUGAGCAUAUCCUUAGCCCGGAAGUCCUCUCGCCGACUCUUCAGACCGUCGAACAUACAGAAAAUGAGCUGGGAGAUCUUGCAACUCGAAUGCGGGCCCUAUCAUCCGGUUCCGGCAUGCGUCUUCGUUUGAAAGCCGUCUUCGGGAGCAAGUCCCAAGCUCAGGACCUCAAGUUGAGACUUAUACACACCCAUGCUGCCCUAAAUGCUCUGCUAAGCGUAUCUGGAAUGCUCACUCAAUUCAACGGGCUCCGCAUGCUCGAAGGCCUGAGUAGGCAAUUGGAAGUUUUGACAAGCAAGACUUUCCCUACGCCGUUAGUGGAGCCACAAGGCACCAGAACAGCCUCUGCGGCUGAAGUGAUGCACCCGCAGCCUACUGUAUACGCACAGACACAAGAGACCUUCCAACGUUGGACGUAUGGAAUGGGGGAAUGCCAACUCCGGGGAUCUUUCGGAGCGGUGCUGACACGGCGGACUGCUGGCAAACGAACUACAAACGCCGGUUCCGUGCUACUCAAGCUACCCUGGUCAAAGUUGUUGGCGAUACACGUCUUGUGGAAGCAGCACACCAACGCUUGGUUGGCAUUUAACUUGGUCGGGGGCAGCUCGCUGUCCGUUGUCAACAUUAUAUCGGAAGACUGUGCCUUCAUGAAAGCCUGCAGGAUCGGGGACACGCUGACUAUGAAUGAUAUGCUCUAUAGCGGCCGAGCCCGACCAAAUGAUGUGACGCCAGAUAACUCGACAGCCCUCUGCCUGGCUAUCGAAAGCGGUAAAGCAGAAGCAGUGAAGACGUUGAUUCAACAUGGAGCGGACGUUGAUGCUCUCUUUGGUUCCAGGCAGACUUCACCUCUCGCAUGGGCAGUUUGCCAGCGGCACCUCGAGAUCAUCUGGCUGCUUAUGUCGAAUGGGGCUUCUUUCGAUCAUGUGAGCUCGUACGGAUGGUCACCGCUAUUCUACCUCUGGUCCCGGACUGCUUUUGUUGGACAGUCCGCAGUCGACUUCGUCGAGGCCCUAGCAAAGCGUGGAAAUUUCGAUUUCCACAUGCUGCAUGGCGGUGUCUCGGAUAUUGAAGGAUUCGGAGUCAUACACCGUGCCGUCAUUUUUGGAACGGCAGAUGAAGUCGCGCUUCUAUUGCGCCUGGGGGUGAAUCCCUAUCAGGAGGUUGGACCACUUCUCUGGACGGCCAUUCACAAUGCCGCUUUCUACGGCAGGGACGCAACUUUCGAUGUAUUGCUACCGUAUUACCAGCGCGGGAAUUUCCAUAUUGAUACCCGCGACCCACGAGGCUGGACGCUGCUUCAUAUUGCUGCUUCGGCAGGUCAUGGUUCGAUCACACGUCGCCUACUGCGGUUAGGAGCUAGCCCAAAGGCGCUCAGUUCACCCAGCUACACGCACAUGCCAGAAGUACUGCAUGGAGGCCGGUGGACACCUGCGGAAGUCGCGAAGGUCCAAUCUAAGGAUCGGUGGCUUGACUUCUUGGCCGCGACCAAGGAGGUGAAGGGUGAAGUGUUCUUGACCCAGGAGGAGCUAGAUGCACUGGGUGAGGAGGAAUGGUUUGAUGUGGCCGAAUUGCCUGAAAACGAGUUGGCAACCGCAUGA